UAUUUAGUUUGUAACGAAUAGGUUUUGUUUACUGUCUGUGGACUACAAAGUAUAAAUUACUUUGUAGUUACCCAAGUACCAACAUUUUAUUCCCGGUUUGCUUGUAAGUUGUAACAUUUUGAAUAAAUUAAGACACCAACAACAGAACAAACAAAUAUUAAUAGGUUCACCGGUGUGUUAAACUUCUACCUAAAAUGCAUAACACAUUAGACUCAGAUAGCGAAGAUGAGCUGCCUCCAGGAUGGGAAGAAAAGUCCACAGAAGAUGGAAACGUUUAUUUUGUUAACACUUUGAAUAACAAAACGCAGUGGACCCAUCCGCGCACUGGCCAUAAAAAAAUAAUUCCUAAAGACUUUCCGUUUGGUUGGAUAAAAACUUUAGAUGAAACUGAAAAACCCCUGUAUGUCCAUCUGGAAACAGGAAAUAAAACCUAUGUGGACCCGAGACUAGCAUUUGCAACUGCAGAAAAGAAGCAUGUAUACGAUUUUCGCCAAAGAUUUGAUGGUUCAACUACAGCUUUUCAAGUUUUACAUGGUGUUGAUUUAUCUGGUAAAUAUGCACUCAUAACAGGCUGCAAUGCUGGUAUUGGUUAUGAAACAGCAAAGUCCCUGGCGAGGCAUGGCUGCAACAUCUUAUUGGCCAAUCGCAAUAUGGAAGCUACUCAGACGGCCAUUGAACAAAUUGUUAAAGAAACAAAUACAUCAGAUGAGAAUUUGAAAGCAAUUCAUUUAGACUUGAGUUCAUUGAAAAGUGUGAAACAAUGUGCCAGGGCUGUCAAAACAAUUUUUUCGGAUCAUCUUGAUAUGUUGAUACUAAAUGCUGGUGUGUUUGGUCUGCCAUAUGAAGAGACAGAAGACAAGCUAGAUAGGACCUUCCAGGUCAAUCACCUCUCUCACAUGUAUUUUGCAUUGCUGUUGGAGCCACUGCUGAAAAAUGGGUCAAGGGUUGUGUUUGUGUCUUCAGAGUCACACAGGACAGCAAGUCUAAAAAAUGUAUUUGUAAGGCAGAACUUAGCACACCCAAGAGAUAAUUACAGUGCCAUGUUAGCUUACGGUAACUCCAAACUGUACAAUGUUAUAACAGCAAUGAUUUUGAGUGAAGAAUGGAAGCACAAGGGCAUUUCUGUGAACUCUUUACAUCCAGGGAACAUGGUGUCUACAAAUUUACCUAAUAGUUGGUGGUUGUACAAACUGCUAUUCUUUAUAGUACGCCCCUUUACGAAGUCUCUGCAACAGGCAGCCGCUACAACAGUCUACGUAGCCACAGCCUCAGAAUUAGAUGAAGUAACAGGUCUAUACUUCAACAACUGUUUUUACUGUGAACCGGCCAGCCUAGCCAGAGACAAGGAUAUAGCUCACGAGGUCUUCUCUAUAUCUCUCUGUAUGAUACAAGAGAGAAUGGGUGCAGAAAUUAUUCAGCCAUAUAUUGAUAAAUACUGUGCUAAAAAACGAACUAGUAAAUAACAUUCAAUUUAUACCCGGGAUGAUGAACUCUUGCGCCAAAUAUAUAUUGAAGAUAAUCUAUUGAGAUGUUAUGAUGAUUUAGAAAGUGUAUAUGUACAUAAGAUUUAAAAAAUAUGUAAGGUCUGGCCAAGAAAAUAAUAAUCCAUUCCUGAGGACGCCACAUGGCAAAAUCGACAUAGAAAUAAAAAUCUACCAUUUUUGUCCGCAUAAUAAACGUUUAUUUGAGACGUUUCCAUCCAUUUAUUGUUAGUAUAUAAGUAAAAAUUUAGCUUAAUAACUUAGUACUGAUCCAUCACCGGCAGUCACCACGGCAGCUUCAACAGCAACUUAAAAAUUAUGGCGAGGUUUAUUUAUAUCUUUUUUAUUCCUGGUCACAUUUUAAAUAGGACAAUGAAGGCACCAUUAAUUUUGAGGUACAGAACAACGAAAUAAAGACGCCCACUGUGAAUGAGAUAGCGAUAUGUAGGUAUUUGAUCUAAAGAAGUAUUAUUCGUUUCAUUCUUUUUCUACGGCUUCAUUGAAGACACUAUUGUCUUGCUGACGAAUACGAGAGAUGUUUUAAGUUAAUCAUGUAACUUUUUUGAGGUCAUUUGAAAAAGCGCGUUACGAAUAAAUAUACCGAUCCUGUGCCAUUUUCACACGGCAGAAGUGAAACUUCUGAAAAGUAGCCCACGAGAGUUUGAAAUGGAUAUAAUUAUAUUUAUUAAAUGUUUUGACGGCCGAUUGGCGCA